UUACCAUGUUCAUAUUAUGUUGCAUUGCACACGUAUGUCAAGAUCCGUUCUGUUAUUACUAAAUCACACACACGUGACAUGUCCAUCUGACAUGUGUAUGAUACGUCCGUUAUUACUUAUUACUGUAUUUUGGGCAUAAUUUUGUUUGAUAUGGCUUAAUGCAGUGUAAAGCCAUUCAAAUUAAAUAACUCCAUUGUUUUUAGUCUGUACGUGAAAGAAGACCAGGGAACGAGCAAUUAAUCUAAACCGCUGAUUUUCAUUAAUUAGGAUUUAAUGGCUGUAGUUAUUUGUUCUCAUUUCUCAUAUUAGCAAACUGUUCUCAUGGAGUCACUCCCUUUAUAAGAAGAAAGGAAAUUUUGGGGGUGCCACUGAGGCCCGUCACAACAAAGAUCCGCCACUGGUUGUCGUCACAUGUAUCUGAUUUCCUGUUUUCAUUUCUUUAUUUUUUCCGGAGAUUAUACAACCAUUUCAAUUCUAUAUGGUUUCCUUGACAUAAAUGUUCUUGUUUUGUUUUCAUCCACCUUUAAGCUAGUUUUUUUUAUUGAAUUGAAUGUACAUAGCUCACAUAAUAAUUGGGUUGUUCUCACUAAUAACAGGCUGUUUCUCAUGUAGGUUCCAAAAAUAAAAACGGUCAAGUAAUUCAGGAUGAUGAGCAUGAACUUGAAGUCACAACUCAGUUGCACAAAAUUAUGUUCUCAAUAUGAAUCCAAUAUUGAAAAGAUGACUGAGGAGAUUGCACAGCUGAAAGAAGAAGUUGCGAUGCACAGGGAGGAAAAAUCAAGGUCUCAGUCACAGGAAGAAGACCUUAACAUCCCCGAGAAGGGUUUUGAUGAUAUUCAAGUUUCAAAGGAACAAGUAAACAACCUUAGUCAUCUACUUAAAGAAUUGCAAUUGCGGAAGGAGAAGCAUGACUCCAGAGAAAUGAAGCAGGUUCGGACCACUGACAUCAAAUUAGAGGGCCUGGAUCUUCUUCUUUCUGAAGAAAGUAAAGACAAGAAUAAAUUGGAUAUCCCCGGAAUGAGCGGUUCAUAUGAAAAGAGUUAUAAGAGGGAAAGAGUGUGUGAAGGGCUUUUCUGUUCAUGCAGUAAGAAGUCCUUGUGCAAGACUACAAAGUGCAAAUUUCGAUCCACCGGUGGGAGCUGUGGACCAUCAUGUCGCUGCACACGUUUUAAGUGCACAAAUAGGGAACCACUGAAAUCAUUGGCAGACAACGAAUUACCAAAAUCAGAGAAUUCAGAAUGCUCUACGAAUAAAGAUGGAGGUGUGAUUGCUUAUGAAUGUGCCAAACUACUACAGAGUGCAUUUGUUGAAAAACCUGCCAGUCGCAGAGACAACCAGGGGCCAAACAAGAAGCCAUUAUGUGACAUCCUGAACUCACUGGUGGGUAAUUUAGAUGCUCAAAAGCAAGGGCGGAAAAAGAUUGUUCGGAAGCCACUAAUUCAGCUUGUUACCAAGGAUACAAUGUCCUCAACUCCAGAAAAAUAACUCAAGACCUAAAACAUACAUAAUUCAAACUCAGAAAAAUAAUUCAAUGAGAUUGGACUAGGUGAUGAAACCAGCUAGGAAAGAGUGCUUCUGGAGACUGCCAUUAGAAAAGCAGUUGAUUUUCGUCAUUUAAGAAGAUCAACAGGAAGAUAACUGUUUGAUUAACUUCUCGUUUUCACACCCAGUCUUCUUUUCUGGCGAUAAAACAAAGAACAGGAAUCAUUUAAUUUGUUAUUCCUGGUUUUUGAAAACUCAUACUGAUGCUGAAUUGUUGAGUGUGAUUUACAUUGUUAAUUUGGAUCUUGUAAUAUCAUGAGAGUGGUUUCAAAAUCAGAUUGUCAUAAAAUAGAAUUUUAUAAACCAUAGUAAAUUAUGUUUCUCAUAAACAUGUUAAUUUACGUCGUGAUCGUAGGCUUAGAGAGCUUAAAUUUGGGGUCCGCUCUCUAUUCUUUAAACUGGUUUUGUAAUAACACUAGUACCCUUUUUUGAAUUGCCAUGCUAUGUACCUUUUCUUUGCCGUUUA